AUGAAGUUCUCUCUGAAACUCCCUGAUAAUCAAGACCACAAAGCCCCAAUUAUAAAGGGGAAACUUCCAAUCACCAUGUUCAAUCAACCCUUUACUUCUUCUUUCACUUCCGCCAUUAAUUCCUCUUCCGACCUCUCCUUUUCCCUUUCCUCUAAUUUCCCAUCUGGCCCUUGUUUCAAGCUCACUUACUCUCCCAUGGUGGCUUCUCCUUCCGCCGCCUCCACUACUUCUCCUUUUACACUUUCUCUCAAAUCUGGGUUAGGGCUUUUUGGCUCUCCGGAGGAUUCUCCUCUUGUAUUUUCAUCUCAGUUUUCUCUUUCCCUUUCGAAACCCUUUGUUCCCACUUUCUCUCUUCUCUUCAAACCCCAAUUUGGUCAUUUCUGUUUAAAGAAGAGUACUUUUUCGGGUGUUCAUGAUCAGUUUUCUGUGAUUCAGCCUAACGAUGGGGUUCAAUUGGAUUCCGGGUCUGGUUUGAAUCCGAAAUUUGGAAGUGGGUUUGGUGUGGAUGAGUCGAUGGGAUGGCAGGAACUGAAGCUGGAGAGUAGUAGUGGGGGGCAUGGUUCUAAGGAGGAGUUUGGAGAUCAUUCUGAGGGAGGAAUUCAGAGGCAUUUGGCUGAUACGAAAAGCCUUAGAGAUAGUGUUUUCUCAGGCGUUGCUGUAAUGGCAAGGACAGCCGUUCCUGUUACUAAACAGAUGGCUGUGAAGUUUAGGUGGGGGAUGAACUUUCCGACAAAUCCGGUGACGAAAAUGCCAUUUCUGACUGUGAAUAAGAUUUCAGUGGAGAGAGUGGAUGAGGAAAAGGAAGAGAAGAAGAAGACAGGAGAGAACCAAGGGGGAGAUGUGGAAUUGUUGAAGGGUAUGUUGUGUUGGAUGAAAAAGGAUGUGGAAAGUUUGGAGAAAGAGAACAGAGAAAUGAAACAACUUUUAGAGGAGAUAAAGCUGGGAAGUAUGGCAAAUAGAGCUGCAUCAUCUUCUAGUUUGAGUUAUGGUGAGUUGGAGUCAUGGAGGAACAAGAGUGGCUGGGAAGAAAGCAAGUCCAAGAACAGUAGGAAUGGUGGACAAGAAAAUGAUUGGAGGAAAAAGAAGAGUUCUGAAGAAGUAAAUGAUGGUAAGAACAGUAGGAGAGGUGGAGAAAAGAAUGGAGGGAAGGGGCAUAGUUCCAUGAAUCGAUCAAACGAUGUUGAAUCGGAAUUGGAGAGAGCUAUCAAGGCUGCUUCCCAAGUCAAAGCAUGA